AUGGGGAAGCAGAACAGUAAGCUGCGUCCUGAGGUCAUGCAAGACCUUCUGGAGAGCACCGACUUCACCGAACACGAAAUUCAAGAAUGGUACAAAGGCUUCCUACGGGACUGUCCCAGCGGCAACCUGUCCAUGGAGGAGUUCAAGAAGAUCUACGGCAACUUCUUCCCUUACGGAGACGCGUCCAAGUUUGCAGAGCACGUCUUUCGCACUUUUGACGCGAACGGUGAUGGGACAAUAGACUUUAGGGAGUUUAUCAUUGCUCUAAGUGUGACGUCGCGUGGGAAACUGGAGCAGAAGCUGAAGUGGGCCUUUAGCAUGUACGACUUGGACGGCAACGGCUACAUCAGCAAAUCAGAGAUGCUCGAGAUUGUACAGGCGAUCUACAAGAUGGUGUCCUCAGUGAUGAAGAUGCCAGAAGAUGAAUCGACGCCCGAGAAGAGAACAGAGAAAAUAUUUAGGCAAAUGGACACCAACAGAGACGGUAAACUGUCUCUAGAGGAGUUCAUCAAAGGAGCGAAGAGCGACCCGUCCAUCGUCCGUCUGCUGCAGUGUGACCCCAGCAGCGCGGGGCAGUUUUAG